AUUUUCUGACAGUCAAGUCUGCGCGAUCGCGUGUAGCUGAGGUACUGGUAAAACGAGUUGCAGUGCCGUCCGUCAAACGGGAAUCGUGUUUCGUUUUGCGUUCGAUUGCAUUUUGAACCCCGUCUUUUGCUCGCGGACCAAGGAUUUACGCUGAGGAACGGAAAGGUUGCCGAAUAUUUCGCCAUGUCUAGUCGAGUGAAUGCCAUUUUUUUAUCUUAUUUUGUUUUGGUGUGUUUUUCUUGUGUUGUGUAUGGAAAGAAUGUGAAUGCUCUGAAUCUGACGAAAAGGACGACAAACAAUGGAUUAGGAGACGAGUCCUGCGAGAACGUCAAGCCGUUUUUCGAAAUGAAAAACGUUACGGUCAUCCUGGAUACUCCUAAAGGAAAUAUCUGCAGUGGCCAAUGCUGCGACGAAAAGGCGGAGUCGCAGUUGAAGAGAUUGGCGCAGAAAGACUUCGCUUCGCUACUCCAGCACAACUCACGAUCUCUGCAAGGAUCUCUGAGCUCCACGUCCAACACCCUUCAAAACCACAUGCAACAGCUGACGGAACAGUCGGAGAAUAAGACUCUGCUCCUGUUCGCCAACGUGUACAGGAGGAUGUCGGUGUACUCCAAGGCACCAAUCGAGAACUUCUACUCCGACAUCAGGAAAGCUCUCGUGGUCAACGUGACCAACGGUGAGAUAAUACUGCCGGACGUGGACAUCCAGAACAGCGCUGCCAUCUUCUUCACAGAUCUCUUUCCGUUAGUCUACCUUCACACACUUUCCAACACGGAAACCAUCAAAGACUUCAGCGUCGACUAUAAAUCCUGCCUCAAAGAGUCCACCAAAGACAUUCUGCCCUUCGGCGACAUACCCAAACAGAUAGCCCAGUCUCUCGCGAAGAGCCUGGACGCGACUCAGAUCCUCUUCCAGGCCUUCGCCGUAGGCCUGGAGGUACUGAACGUAACCGAUGUGGUGCUGGUCAACGAGAACGGCCGCAACAACGGAGAGUGUCAUGAUGCCUUGGUGAAGCUUACGUACUGUCCGCGUUGUUUGGGCUACGUGAGAGACGCGAAGCCGUGUUCGGGGUACUGCUUGAACGUGCUGCGUGGAUGCUUGACCUCGUACGUGGCUGAGUUGGACUCUCCGUGGAACAGCUACGUGGAGAGCAUCGAGAAACUGGUGAACGCCAUGAAGCAUCACAAUAACGAGGCGGGUGUCAACGCCGAUGGCAUCAUCAGGGAGCUAGACAACAGGAUAUCGGAGGCUAUAAUGCACGCUAUGACGAAGGGUCAGGAGAUAGACAGUAAGGCGAAAAAAUUCUGCGGACUGCCCAAAUUCUCGGACAAGGAAGACCCCCUGGCUACAGAGACGAGCACCCAGCCAACCCCGGGCCUCCAAGUCGGGGGUGCCAAGCUCCGCUUCGCCCCAACCCGCGCGUCCGCCUUUUUGCCACCGCCAGAGACGCAGCUUCUACAAUUUCUCACCUCCAUCUCGAAGACGAAAGGAUUCUACGGCAAUCUGGCGGACACCCUGUGCCAGGACGAGUCUUUCGCAGAGCCGAAUGACAGGAAAUGCUGGAACGGAGAGAGGAUAGCAGAAUAUACGAAAACUGUGGUGGACUCAAGCCAAGACAUGCAGAAGUACAAUCCUGAAGUGAAACCCAAUCCAAAUCCACAGAACGGCGACAAAAGGAUCGCCGAUAUGGCUGAUAAGCUUAGGCAUAUACAUAACAUUGUCCUCGCAACUUUAGGUUCCACCUUCUCGAACGAAUUCGACUCUAUGCAAAGAGACAGCGGAGCUGAUGGAUCUGGUUCAGGCAGUGGACCAGAUAUGGAGGAAGACGAUGACGAAGAUUCCAGAGGAUCUGGAUCAGGCGAUGGUCCGGGAUCCGUCGAAGGAGGAGGCACCCCCAACACAAACACUGGAGGCCAACCCAACCGUGAUAAGCCCAAGAACUACAACCCAACCUCACCAGAUGUCAGCGUUUAUCACAAUUCCAACAAAUCACCGCCACAACAAGACAACACGCCAACCACAAAACCCUCAAGUUCCAACCCUAUGUGUUCAGUAUCUUCUACCCUCCUCUUGCUGUCGUCAGUUAUGGUACUUUUACACCGCGGCGAUGUAGCGAGGAUCAUUUAGACUCUUUUUUAGUAUUCGUAUUCCCGAUUGAAAAACAUGCUUCUCGAUAUGACAUUUCGAGAAUGUUCCGAGGUUCUGUAUGGUUGUCGAAAACGCGGUUCAGUGACUAAAAUAUUUUUGACGCAUCUAAAAAGGAGAAGAAACGUGACCGCUUCAGCUUUUGAAACGCAGCAAUAAUGAAAAAUCCAUGUUAUGAAAUGCAAAUUAUGAAUCAAAUAUGAAUUAAGAUCCUUCCAAAUAUUUUUUCCGAUAAUUUAGAGAAGCUGAAGUGGUUGCCCCACCACAAUAGAGAUUAAUAGUUUAGGGAUACAUCUAUUUCGAAAUUGGCUGUUUAUAAAAUAAUAUAUUUAUUAUAAAUGUAAUAGUGAGUAGCUUCAAAGGUCAUUUAAAGGGUAAUUGGAAAUAGAACCGUUACUUCCGUGUUUCCAAUUGUUGUAAAUAUAUAUAGAUUAUUUAAAGAGACUGUAUAAUUAGAUGUUAAAUUCUUCAGUGAAUGCAACCAUUCUAAUAAGGAAACAUUAUUGUUUUAUUGGUUGAUUCAACUAUGUCUUAUUCCAAUGCGAAUGAUGUUCUGUGUUUUGCUAAUACCUAAUCGCUUAUAAUUGACAAAUCUACGAUUUCACUCAAUACAAUCUCUAAAAAACGCUUUUGAAUACUCUUCAAUGUUUCGAGCAAGAAGAUAAAUACGAAUGUAUCUUCUUGUUUUCGAGAUUGAAAUUUAAUGGUCACAUCGUGAUUGGCGAUUGAUUACUAAAAUGGAGAAUAUAGAAAAUGCAAAUCGGAAUAAAGCAGGGAAAACACAUAUUCGUGAUGUUCGCUCAACAAUGGUGUUUUCGUUGAUUCAUGACGAACUCAAGUUUGUUGUAGAUUGACAGUAAAAUUCCCUAAUUUUUCGUUCGGUUUCAAUAAUUUUAUUUGUUCACGAUAAAAUGUAAAUACGCCAAUUUUCGGUGAAUGAAAAUAAUAUGCAGCUGAACGAAUUCGAAUUACAAUUGGAGCAUUUAUAAUAUCGUUCCAGUUUUAAGUGAAAUGGAUCUAGGUUAAACCUCAAUAUUCCUGCAAAAUCAGCAAUCAAAGAAAAAAAUGUAGGCCAGUUUUUGAAUUUAAAUUUCAAAAUUGUAUUAUAUGCCAUUACGUGCUUGUCAUGGUGAGAUAUUCCAGUCAAAUUGUUUCUGAUGAUGUUUGUAACUAAAUUGUUAACCUGUUAAUAUUUGUAAAUAUUAGAAAUCUUUUUUGAAAUUCGAUGAUUUUAAAAAUUCCAAAUGAACGUCCGGAUCCAUUGGCGUAGAAGACCUUUCUCUUUGUUUUUUAACUAUAGCUGAUGAAUUCGGGUGUUUUAUUGAUUAACUAUUUAUUUUUGACUAUUUAUUGGAAAUGUAAUACCUAUAAGUGAAAACUUUGAAUGAAUGUGUGUAUAGUUUGAAGGUAUAUCUGUAUUUUUAAAUUAAUUUGCGAAAUGUCUGUGAUUAAAAAUAUUUUAUUAAUCUAAUUAUUAUUAUGAAAUCAAGAAUUUUAUCCAGUGAAAUCAAUACGCAGUAUCUUUGUAAUCAUUAUUAUAACUAUAGAUCUUUCUUUUUUUGAAUAUUCAAUUCUCGAAAUCAAAAUAUGAAAAAACAGCCAAGUGAGCAAUUUAUUAUUUACGUUUUCAAGCAUUUUUUGUGCUCCGCCUAAAUAAAUACUUUAUGUUUCAUGUAAUUCUUUGAAAACAUUCAAAUCUGUAUACGUCGUGAAAGAUCUAUAUUUAUUUUUCAACCAUAUAUUCAGAAAUACAAUUAUGAAUUUAGUUUGAAAGUUAAACUAGUAUUUAAUGUAACUUUACAAGAUGGAAAAGCCAUAUUACUGUAGGAAUUAGUUUUUCCUUAUUUUACCCAUUUUCGCUCCAAACACUUUUUAUUUCUUUUGUUUAAUUGUUUGCAUAUCAUGUGAGGCAAUAAUGAAUUAUGUGUAUUUGGAGGAUAGUAGUGAUUCAAAGUCAUUCGAAUAUGUUGCUCACUAACAUUCAUUUUAGGUUUACCUGUUCGAAACUAAUUACUAGUCUUACGCUUUUUGUGAAUAAGAAAUUUAAUUUUACUACUGAUUGUACUUUCUGUUCUACUAGAAUAAAUAAAUAGCUGCCUUUUUUAAA